AUGAACUGUGUAAUUAUCCCCGCAUUAUUUCUAUUUGCGAACGUUCAAUUUGCAUUAAUAUUUGGAAAAAUUUCUUCGAUUGACUAUGCACAAUUUAACUUUGCGGUCAGCUUGUUGAAAGAAAUAGGACAAGGUGGUAAAUCUGCCAUAUUAUCUCCUCUUUCCGUGUCAACCGCACUUUUUAUGAUUUAUCUCGCAGCAGAUAAAGAAACAAAGCAACAACUGCAAAAUGUUCUUGGAGGAACUGCAAAAAAAGCAGAAGUUCGAAAAUAUUUUGCCCAUUUGCUGGCAGUUAUUGAUGCGAGAAAAAAUGAAAACUACACACUGAAUAUAGCAAAUCGUUUUUACGUACAGCAAGGAUUUUCUGUAAAGGAAAGCUUUGCCAGAGUACUUAGAUUUUAUUAUGGUGAAACAUUACAUAGUUUCAGUAACGAACAGAGUCAACAAGUUGCUCAGGAAAUCAACAAUUGGGUAUCGCAAAAGACUAAUCGUAAAAUAACAGAGUUAAUAACAGCAGGCGAUAUCAAUAAGAACACUAAAAUGUUGCUACUAAAUGCAAUAUACUUCAGUGGUACUUGGGAGACACAGUUUGAUGACAUGAAUACUCAUGAUGAAAUAUUUCAUAUUUCUCAGCACGAAACGAAAAAUGUGUCAAUGAUGACAUUACAAUCGGAAUUCCCGUACUAUGAGGACCAUUCUGUGCAAGUUAUCAAAUUGCCUUAUAUUGGUGAAGAAGUGGAAAUGGUCUUCAUAUUGCCAAAAACACGCUUUGGCUUGCAAAAUGUUCUGAGAAAUUUAACGGGUCGAGAUCUACUUUCAUAUAUUUCUUCAGCUACACCAAACGAUGUAUCGCUAAAAUUACCGAAAUUCCGUUUGGAAGGGAAAAUGGAUUUGAAAGAAACUCUACAAAAAAUUGGUAUUGAAGAUGCUAUCAGUGAAACAGCUAAUUUCAGAGAGCUUACUAAUGAUGCAAUCUCUGUAGGCAACAUCAUGCAUAGAGGCUUCAUUGAGGUGAAUGAAAAAGGAACCGAGUCAGCUGCUGCCACGAUGCUUGAUUUAGUACCUCUCAUAUUUGCAGUACCUAGGCCAUUCAUUGCUGACCAACCAUUCCUAUUUGCAAUUGUUAAGAACUUGAACACAAUUCUGUUUGCAGGCCAAUUUGCCAAGUGA